AUGGAAAAGAACAUCUACUAUCGGCAACGAAGGAGAAAAGAAGUCGUCUACGACGAUUGCGUACUCGAGGACUCCCUGUCCCAAGGUGACUGGCACAUCGAAGAAGACCCAAACGUGGACUACGAGAUGCUGCUCAGAGAAUUACGAGCCUGUGCUGAACGUGCCUCGAAGUCGCGCACGACAAACUUGGAUCGAAUUUCGAAGACCACCAAGGAAUUGUUAGGAAGAAGAAGGGCUUUAAGGCUUGAUCCGAAUGCAUCGCACAUUGAGCGGUUAGUAGCAAACACUAGCUGCGGAAAGGCGUUGCAGGAGGAUCUUUUGAAGUACAGGCAGAAGAAGAUUCUGGAAGCAGCACAAAGAAGAACGAGUCUAAAGAAGUGCCGCAGGGAUCUUCGCGAAUAUAAUAUUCCGCUAGCAGCCUUGCUGAGCGAAGACGGGACUCGCACUUCUUCUCGUCGUGAGAUGGAAAUCAUUACGGAGAGGUUCAACUCGAACCUUUUCCGUUUAUCAACAUGA